AUGAGUUAUAACAAUAACAAUUAUCCACCUCCAAACUAUCCACCUUCAGACCAACCAAAUUAUAAUCAACAACAACAAGAUAAUACAUAUCAUGUACAACCAGAUAUGGAAAGAAUAAAUAAUGAUUAUAAUCAUAAUAAAACAGAUGAAAAAUAUCCUCAACAAUCACAAGAUUUUGAUCAAAGUUUUAAAAUUGAAAAACCAAGAUUUAAUGAUUGGUAUUUUACCAUAUUUUUUUUAUUAGUGCUUGGUGGAUUUAUUGCAGUUGCUGGUAUAGUUUUAAAUGCUUUAAGAAGUACUUAUGGUGAUCAAGGUUCUGGGAUUUAUGGAUCUUCCGAUUCUUUUACAAUGAAUAGAAAUACUGUGAUAUUAUUUGCAUUUGUUUUAGUUUUAUCAAUUGUUUUCGCAGCUUUAGGAAUUUUAUUUGUAAGAGCAUUUGCUAAAACUUUCAUCAUUGUUGCUUGUAUUUUGAAUGUUAUAAUGUCAAUUGGUACUGCUAUAUUUUAUUUUGUUGAGCAUUAUUAUAGUGCAGCUAUUGUCUUUUUGAUAUUUGGUUUAUUUGCAGCUUAUUGUUAUUGGAGAGCAAGGAGUAGAAUUCCUUUAAGUGCAACAAUUUUAAGAAUAGUAAUUGAUGUUAUGAGACAUUAUCCAUCAACUUUAGUUACAGCUUUUAUUGGGUUAGUUAUAAGUGCUGGGUUUGGUGCUUUAUUUAGUGCUGUGAUUGUUGGUACUUAUGUUAAAUAUCAGCCAAAUGCUGAUAAUACCGGAUGUCAAGUUGGUGGUGGAUCAUGUAGUAAUUCAAAAUUAAUUGGUAUAUUGGUGUUUGUAUUUUUUGCAGGUUACUAUAUUUCAGAAGUUAUUAAAAACACUAUUCAUGUUGUUAUUAGUGGUAUUUAUGGAACUUGGUAUUAUCUCAGUAAUAGUGAUCAAGGUGCACCAAAACAUCCUGCUUUAUCAGCUUUUAAAAGAGCAAUUACUUAUUGUUUUGGAAGUAUUUGUAUGGGUUCAUUACUUGAAGCUAUAAUUCAAUUAAUUAGACAACUUAUAAACAUCGCUAGAUCACAAGUUGAUUCAUUAGCUGGUCAAUGUGGUUUAAUAAUCUUAAAUUUUAUUGUUGGAAUUAUUGAUUGGUUAGUUCAAUAUUUCAAUAAAUAUGCUUAUUGUUACGUUGCACUUUAUGGUAAACCGUAUGUUAGAUCAGCCAAAGAUACAUUUGAUUUAUUCAGAUUCAAAGGUAUGGACGUUUUAGUAAACGAUAUGUUUAUAAAUGUUGCAUUAAAUUUCUAUUCAUUAUUUGUUGCUUAUUUAAGUUCAUUAUUAGCUUACUUAUAUUUAAAAUUCACAAAACCAGGUUAUAAUUCAGAUGGUGGUUAUUAUGCACCAGUAGUUGCUUUUACAUUUUUAAUUUCAAUGCAAAUUUCUCGUAUAACUUUAAGUGUUAUAACUUCAGGAGUAGCUACAUUUAUGGUUUGUUUAGCUAAAGAUCCUGAAGUUUUACAAAUGUCUCAAAGAGAUGAAUUAUUUAAUGAAAUUCAAAGAAAUUAUCCCCAAGUUUAUGAAAAAAUCACAAGUAAUCAUUAA